AUGAAUGAGAGCAAACAGAUUUGGCUGGUGGAUAAGUAUGCUAGACUUGUAGCAUCACGGGAGCCUUCAGCAUUAAGCUUGUCACAGGAUCAAGGAGAAGGAAAUAGCUGGCAGGAAAGUUUUAUAUUGUGGGGAACAUCAAAUUGGAUCAAAGGAGUAGCUAAAGGCGACAGUAUAUUAUUCUUGUAUCAUCAUCAGAUGUCAAACAGACGUUUUAGAAUAAAACUAAGUGGAGGGACUUCUGGAGUUGGUCUGGCAAGAACUGGAGUUGAGAACUGUCGAGAUGCCGUUUCUGUUUUAAGAGGUCUUAUGCCAGUGAAAGUAAUUGAUGACAUUAGUCAGAUUUCUCAGGAAGAGACAUCAGGAUCAAGUAAAGAGGGAGAAUCACUGAGAGAAAGAGCACAAUCUAUUAGUAAAAAGCCAUUGCAGCAAGCAUACAUCAGUUCAACGCAUUUACCAACUGAUCAGCUCUCACAGUUCAUUAGACUCUGUCUCACUGAUAGUACAUUCCCUGCUUUUGUUGAAGCUGUUGAAUCAGAACUGAACUCAAUGAAAUAA